AUGGCAAUGAUCGCUCACCCAUUAUCUAUAGCCCUGCCGCCAAAAAAGUGCACUAUUGUUCCUAAAGCAUUAUCGCGAAUUCUUUACGCCAUCGCUAGCAUGUUGGUUCGUCAUCCAGUACGACACUUCUCCAUUUAUCCAAUUUUGGUCUACACCUCACUGCAAGGUG